AUGACCAUGUUCAAUCCGCAGUGUCUCUUCGACCUGACCAAGCAGAGCCUCCUCAAGAAUGAGUCUUGGGUCCCAGUGGCUUCGCAGCUGAUCCCUUUCCUAAUCUGGGAAGACCUCUUCAUGGAAGCCGUGUCUGGUAGACACAUGGCGGUGGUGGAGGCCAUGGUAGCCUCCUGGCCCUCGCCAUGCCUGGACCUGACGUCUCUGAUGAGGGAUCAGCAACUCGGUGCUCUGGUCACGUUGCACAGUGUGUUCAAGGCGCUCGGUGUCCUCCUAGACCAGGGCCCUCGUCGCACCGCGGGUCACCUCAGAGUGCUAUUGCCCGCAGCUCCGGUGACCUGGCUGGAUAAGGAGUUGGAAAGUCUGAGGUGCGGGAAGUGUUCCAGGGCAGCGCCGAGGAAGCCACUCGUAGGUAUGGAGGUGGUGGGGGACCUGAGCUUCCAGGAAGCGGACUGGAACCUUCUGCUCUCCUUCCUCACGUGCAGAGUGGAGGAGGGAAAGGCGCUUCCUCAGCUGUACUGCCGGAAGCUCACCUUUGCGGAUCAUCUACCAGAGUAUCAAGUCAUUGAGAAGAUCCUGGCCAAUGUGCAGCUGGAUGGUGUUGAGGAGUUGAAAAUCUACUACAUAACAAAGAUGGAUUUCCUGUCCAUGAUCGCUCCUUACCUGUCCCAGAUGGUGCACCUGAAAAUCCUCACCCUCCAGACCCUUAUCCCGAGGGACUGGAUCUUGAUGCACCCUCCUCAGGACAAGCACAGAACUGAUCAGCUGGACACUAUCUACAAGGAAUUCACUUCCCAGCUCGCCUACCUGCGCCAGUUCCAGCAUCUCCACAUCAUCGAUGCCUACCUCCGUGGAAACAUCAACCACUUUCUCAAGCACAUAGAGACCCACUUGGAGUCACUCACAAUUUCCCCCAUUUACUACACAUUAGACAACUCAGACCUCAAAUCCCUGUCCUUGUAUCCCUGCACCAGAAGGCUAAAGGUGCUCAAUUUCUCCAAAAACCUCUUGGCGCAUUUGAAUGUCAAGUUGCUCGGAGCCGCCAUACUCAGGACCUCGGACACCCUGGAGCACCUGGACUUAUCUUACUGUGAUCUCAGGGACUCCCACCUCAACACCAUCUUACCUGCCCUGAUCCGCUGCUCACGACUCCGACUGUUUAAAUUCUCUGGAAACUGUGUGCGCACAUCUAUCUUGAAGAGACUGUUGCGUCGAAUACUCCCGACCAAGAAGUCCAGGUGCCUGGUACUUCCCUUGCCUCACAACUCUGACAGGGAGGACCCUCUGGUGUUUGUCAGUGGACUUGUUCCUCUCUUAGAGGGGUUAGGGGUGCUCUGCAAGAUCCACUUAAAUCCUAACGAGGUCUCCUUUGAGGUGCGUGUUGACGUCUUGAUGGAACAAUCCUGA